CGAGUUUUGGGGCAGAUUUUAGGGUUGUUGGGAGAGCCAUGGUCGUGCCGCCGGAGAGCGAGGAGCUGCCGCGCGCGAAUAUCAAGCGGAUUGUCAAGGCCAAGCUCGCGGAGCUCGCCAGGUCGCAGUUAGGGCAGGAGCGCGACAUUCCGGUCCAGAAGGAGGCGUUUCAGGCGUUUGCGGAGAGCACCAGGAUUUUCAUCCAUUACUUGUCCGCAACUGCCAACGAUAUUUGCCGGGAAACCAAGCGCCAGACCAUCAAUGCCGACGAUGUGCUACGCGCGCUGGACGAUUUGGAGUUUGGAGAGUUUGUGGAGCCACUGCGAGCCUCUUUAGAAGGCUACAAGGCAGGGAGAAAAUCUAUGCCAAAGAAGAGCAGUACCUCAACUAGCAAAAGGAAAACUUCCACCACCAAGAACAAGGACAAAGCACAAAAGGCUUUUAGAGAGGGCGAUGGAGAGGACGAAGAGGAAACAAUGCAGUAGAGAAGUUGAGUUUUCUCUACUUUGGUAAGCAUUUGCUUUCUUCUUGCUGGCUAGAUAGAGUGCGAAACCAUAGCUAAAAAGGAGAGAAAAAUCAUAGAUACAAGCCUCGUACAUAGAUAUUUGCUCAAUCUUCCAAGAUGGACUCACAGUUUCUCAAAA